AACCUUUGCUCUACCCAUUUUCUCUUUGCGCUUUUGCACUGCGCAAGACGAUCGCACAAUCACUUGUCUUGUGUUCGAAUUCAUUCGUACUUGAUCGCAUUGAGAAUAAAUUGGCAUCGUUCUCUGCCAAUAUUGGCGCAUUACCCCCCUCACCCCACCUACUUCUUCUUCCUUCGUCUCUUCGGUGGAAUACUCGUACCGCAAGACCUCGCAAGACCACUCGCAAGCCCUCUCGCACGAUCUCCCACGAAACGUCGAUGAAAAGAGAAACAAUCGGAAUUCUGUUCAUCUCCCGUCCUGCGAACUUGCGCAAUCACAUUGCGCCUACAUCUGUCUUGCGCCUCAGCACUGCCAGCAAUCCCCGCUGCAAGCGUAGCGCUGACCUGAGUGUCCUCACACAACGACGAAAUCAAAGUGAUCAUUCUUCCACAUUCACCCAGGUCCAGCAUCGUUACUCCUUGCGCGAAUCACUACGAUCUACAACUUGUCAAAACCCCCUGCAAAGUAAAUCCUUGUCUCAUUUGCGAGUAUCGCGACAACCUAUUUACAGCAUCAAGACAUCUGGAAAGCCCUUUACAGCGCAUCCAACCCUCUCAGCUCCUUUACAACGCGGCUAUAGUUCCUGGUCUGCCGUUGCGAUUGUGUCUUUCGUUGCGCUAUUAUACGCAUACUUUCCCGACAAUAGCGAACUUUACAAGGAGGAAAAGUACCCCUCAACAGACUCGAAAGCCGCACCUGAAGUCCUACAAAUUGAAGAAUUCUGCGAAUACAUCAUGGCACAAGAAAACCAGGCUGGAAGAGUGGGGAACCUGACCCCAGAACAGGAAGAAAAACUAAAGUUACUAUGGAUCGCAACAUUGAGGGUCUUUGGAAUAGCAGAAAACGAAGUCGUUGAAGUGGACGAUAGCGUUGUCAAAGAGGAGUCAGAAAACGGGAAGAAGCCCAAGAAGAAGAGAUCUCUAUUUCGAAGAAGUGGCAAAGAUAGCGCAGUUACGAAAUCGGAAUCAGGACCAGUAACUCCUACAGGAUCUGGGGAGGAUGACAAGUACGGGCAGACGAAGGAAUUCCACGAAGCAUUGGCGAGUCAAUCACCGGAAUCCCUUAGAGCUACUUUCUGGGGUAUGGUGAAACAUGAUCAUCCCGAUGCGCUUCUAUUGAGGUUCUUGCGCGCAAGAAAAUGGGAUGUUGACCGGGCGCUGAUAAUGAUGGUAUCUACAAUGAAAUGGAGGUCAAAAGAUCUUCAUGUGGAUGAUGAUCUCGUGAAGAAUGGCGAACUUCAAUUCUUGGAGGAUGCAAACAGUAAUGACCCCGCGAGAAAGAAGAUGGGAGAGGAUUUCCUGAGUCAAAUGAGAAUGGGAAAAAGCUUUUUCCAUGGUCUGGAUAAGGAGGGAAGACCGAUGUGUUUCGUACGAGCUAGACUUCAUAAACAAGGAGAGCAGAGCGAAGAGAGUUUGGAGAAAUAUACCGUCUUCACGAUAGAAAUUGGGAGAAUGGUUGUUGUGCCUCCUGUAGAUACUGCAGUAGGUUUUGUCCAUUUCCACAGAAACAAUGCUUUACUGAUUUAUCAUAGUGCAUCAUAUUCGACCUAACAGGAUUCUCCAUGGCAAAUAUGGACUACGGCCCCGUCAAAUUCAUGAUUAAGUGUUUCGAAGCAAACUACCCAGAAAGUCUAGGUGUAGUACUAGUCCAUAAAGCUCCCUGGAUCUUCCAAGGUCAGUACAAUCUCCAAACUCAUAAUUCAAAUCUAACAAAAAAAUCUAGGAAUCUGGAAAAUCAUCCGUGGCUGGUUAGACCCUGUAGUAGCCUCCAAAGUGCACUUCACAAACACCAACCUCGAAAUGGAAGAAUUUGUCCCUCGCUCAAACAUAAUCAAAGAGCUAGGCGGCGACGAAGACUGGGAGUACAAAUACAUAGAGCCCUCGCCAACUGAAAACGACCUCAUGAAAGACACUGCGACGCGCGACAAACUGCUUGCCGAGCGCGAAAACACGGUCAAAGAAUAUGAGAAGGCGACCAUGGAUUGGAUUGCCCUAGCAGCAGCGGAUGCGACCAAGGUUAAAGAGGAAAGAAGUAGACUUGCGACGAACCUGAAGGAUGGGUAUUGGGUAUUGGAUCCAUAUGUUAGGGCAAGAUCUUAUUAUGAUCGUGUGGGACUGAUUAAAAAGGGGGAACGGCCGGCGUUUUACCCACAGAGGGCGGAGGUUUCUCCUACGCCUGUUGUUGCGACUGCUCCUCCUGCUGUCAAUGGCGCAAAACCAGCAGAGACAUCGCAGACGGAUCUGGAUUAGAGGAUGAGACUAGAUUCGAGAUGAGGGGUGGAGAGCGAAAUUAGUAAUGCGCAUCAAGAAAUAGAUGUUUGAUGACUUCGGGCGUUGCUCUGGUUGGUAUUUUGGAAUAGAAGGGUAUCUCAAAGAGUCAAGAUGAGCACGAGGGGGCUCAUCAGUGGAUGGUUUAGUCUCAAGAAAGCGAGAAAGAAAGAGAUUUGCAUAAUGAACGAAUGGGCGUCUCAAGCGAAUUACAGUAUAUAUGAAGUAGCUUUUUUGGAAUACGAGAAUCACCACUUUCUUUCAAAUCAACAUACUAG